GCGAGCGUGGGCGGUAGCCUGGUUCUCGAAACGCGGCCCCGGUGUUGCGUAACGCUUUCUCCCCGGCUGUAGACUGAGCGAUGGCGGCCGGUGAGGCGGGUUUUGCCGGCACCCCGGCCGAGGGGAUCCUGAUUGGAGAGAAGCGCUACUCCGGAGUGAAGCUGACCCUGGAUAACUGCCUGCUUCCCAGGGAGCUACUCUCCCAAACCCCGUCGGCGGCUCACGGCCUGCGGCCCGACACCGAGGCAGAGCUCCGGCGGGAGGGCUGCGAGCUGAUCCAGGCCGCGGGGAUCCUGCUCAAACUGCCGCAGGUUGCCAUGGCCACCGGGCAGAUCCUGUUCCAGCGAUUCUUUUACUGCAAAUCAUUUGUGAAGCACUCCAUGGAGUACAUCGGCAUGGCCUGCCUGCACCUCGCCUCGAAGAUCGAAGAGGAGCCGCGGAGAGUGCGGGACGUCCUGAACGUGUUCCACCGGCUGAGGCAGAUCAAGCAGCGCCGGAAGCUGUCUCCUCUGCCUCUGGAUGUGAGUUACAUCUUCCUGAAGAAUCAGGUGAUCAAAGCGGAGCGGCGUGUGCUGAAGGAGCUGGGCUUCUGUGUGCACGUCAAGCACCCGCACAAGAUCAUCGUGAUGUACAUUCAGGUUCUGGAGCUCGAAAAGAACAAGAGCCUGGUGCAGACAGCCUGGAACUACAUGAAUGACAGCCUGCGCACCGACGUGUUUGUGCGCUUCGACCCCGAGAGCAUCGCCUGUGCGUGUGUGUACCUGGCAGCACGGGCCCUGCAGGUGAGACCCCCCAACCCCUACCCCAACCCUAACCUGGCAGCACGGGCCCUGCAGAUCCCGCUGCCCAACCAGCCGCACUGGUUCCUGCUGUUCGGAGUGGAAGAGGAGGGGAUCCGAGAGAUCUGCCAGAGGAUACUGCAGCUGUACCUGCCCUGCAAGACUCCUCUCUCCUCUCUGGAGCAGCUGGUGCAGCAGUGCCGACUGGCCCUGGACGAGGCGCGCACGCAGACCAAGAGGCUGCUGCCCAACGGGACCCCCAAACUGGAGACCCCUGCGGGCUUCUCCCCCGCAUCCAAGACCGGCUCCCCGGUGGAAGGGAAGGCUCCGCGUCGGUCUCCUCUCUCUCUUCAGGCUGUGAAGAAUCUCCGGCGCCGGCUGGACGAGGAGGAGAGGCGGGCGAGAUCACGCAGCCCCGUCGUCAGGAAGGGGCGUGGUCACAGUGCUCAGCGCAGCUCCGCUCACCCUGGCUCUCCUGCACGCAGCCUGAAGCGCAGGAGAAGCCGCAGCAUGUGCUCCCACAGCGCCUCCUCUUCCAGACGCAGGGGGCGCAGCAGCUCCUCCCCGUCCCGCAGCCGCAGCGACUCCCCCCCGCCCCCGAGACCCCCCCGGAGAGAGCGGCGAGGAGGCAGGGAGAGGAGACCGGAGCACAGAGAGGGGCCCCCGCGCUCCCGGGAGAGACGCUAGCACUGGAACCAUACCUCGAGAGACUGGACACAGGAUCACCCGGGGUCACUGUGACCCGCACUCGAGGGGGGGGGGGAGGGUUCAUCCACAGAGGGGCCCCCGCGCU